UGUACUCACUCAUCAGAGGAGUUCUCGGUCAACAAGUGCAGAAAAUAGCGGGUGGCACUAAGGUGGGGCUUUUCUUAGAGCCCAGCAGGCCCUAACAAGGCUUGUAACCUUAUUUUCAAAGGUACUUGUAGACAGAGUAGUAGAUAGGUUGAUGCAAGGAUAGAAAAUGAGGACGAGCAACCUUAUUUCACCCACCCUGUACUCAGGACCAAGGUGGAUUCAGUAGACUAGGGGAUUGAUGUUCGUCUCCCUGAAAACCCCAAAACUUGGUUUGAUUUAAGGUCUGCUUGUCCUUGUCAACCAGAGUGAUCCCUUUGUGUCACUCUGUUGUGGAAUACACAGAUUUCUCAGGAGUAAGGGUUUUUUGUUAAGCUUUCCUCCUGGAUUACUUGUGGAGAUUAGUGAUGGGGAAUGCGGCUGCGGGGGGCUUGGAGCAGGAACCUUCUGAGGGCCGAGAGGCCAGAAACUCAGUCGGAGGAGCUUCUGGAAUGAGUGACCCCGCUCCGACCCUACAGAAGAAGCAGCCGGCUCCCCCUAAACUACCCAUGCCCCCAGAGGAGGAGCUGAAUGAGCGCUUCAACGUGGUGCUGAGCUACAUGAACUUGCCUCCGGACAAACUGAAGCUGUUGAGUCAAUAUGACAAUGACAAGAAGUGGGAAUUAGUCUGUGAUCAGGAGCGUUUCCAGGUGAAGAGCCCCCCGUCCACGUACCUGGCCAAGAUCAAGAGCUUCUACCAGGAUCAGGGAGGGGUGUCCCGCAGGCUGAAGAAAAGGAUUCAAGAUGCCACCCAGGUCCUUAAAGAUUUGGAGAUAUCGCUUCGCACCAAUCACAUCGGAUGGGCUCAAGAGUUUCUCAACGAGCAGAACAAAGGUUUGGAUAUUCUGGUGGAAUACCUGUCUCAUGCUCAAAGUGACGUCUCGUUUGAUUUGGAGAGUGUUGAAAAUGGUGGCACCCUGUCAGAAAGAAAACCAGCAGAGAGGUCGAUGGAGGACUUGACCAAAAGCUCCACCGGCUCCCCGUCACACGGGAUGACCAGAGCUGCUCGAGCUCUGACUGUAAGAAUAAGCUCCACUCUGGGGAACAAGAUGUAUAAGAAGUCCCAUUCAUCCAACCAGAGAGACGAUGUGCAUGUGUGCAUUAUGUGCCUGCGAGCCAUCAUGAACUACCAGUCCGGCUUCAACCUGGUGAUGACUCACCCGCGCUGUGUGAACGAGAUCACCCUCAGUCUCAACAGCAGGAAUCCCAGGACCAAAGCCCUCGUGUUGGAGUUGCUGGCUGCCGUGUGUCUUGUCAGAGGCGGACAUGACAUCAUCCUGUCUGCUUUUGACAACUUCAAAGAGGUGAGCAAAGAGAAGAACCGCUUUGAGAAGUUGAUGGAGUACUUCAUCAAUGAUGACAGCAACAUUGACUUCAUGGUGGCUUGCAUGCAGUUCAUAAACAUUGUGGUGCAUUCAGUGGAGAACAUGAACUUCCGCGUUCAUCUACAGUUUGAGUUCACUAACCACAGGUUGGACAAGUAUCUUGGGCGUCUGAAGCAAACAGAGAGCGAGAAGCUUCAGGUCCAGAUCCAGGCCUACCUGGACAAUGUGCUGGAUGUGGGAGCCCUGCUGGAGGACGCUGAGAACAGAGGAGGAGUGAUGGAGCAUGUGGAUGAGCUGCACGAUCACAACGUGGAGCUGAGCACCCGGCUUCAGGAGAUUGAGAGUCAGACCACAGAGAGAAUGUCUGAACUUGAGACUCAGCUCAUGCAGGCCACCAAGGAGACCGAGCUGCUCAAAGAAAGUCUGCGAGAGUCCUGUUCCCAGGUUGGUGUCUUGCAGCAGAGGGAACGUGAGCGGGAGCUGGACUGGGAGAGGGAGAAGGACAGGGAGCGUCUGAGCACCUCCACCCCUCAGACGGCUUCAGAGCUGGAGCAGAAGGUCCAGGAGCUGCAGGACAAGGGGCUGAUCCGACUGGGACGCACCGCCUCCGGAGGUCUGGACAUCCAGGUGGUGCCCGUCACGGUGGUGGAAUACGUCCAAACCUCCGCCUCCGCCUCCGAGCCCAGUGCUCCGUCCUCCGUCCCUGAUUCUGCUUCCCCACCUGCCAGCCUUCCUGGCUCUGUCCCUCCUCCACCUCCCCCUCCUCCUCCUGGUGGCCCAGGUGGAGUUUCCGCUCCUCCUCCUCCUCCUCCUCCUCCUCCGGGUGGCCCAGGUGGAGUUUCCGCUCCUCCUCCUCCUCCGCCUCCCCCUCCACCGCCGCCUCCUCUAGGUGGUUUCGGUUCUGUGCCCCCACCUCCUCCUCCGCCUCCCGGAGGAGGUCCACCACCGCCCCCUCCCCCACCUGGUUCUGGACCCCCUCCCCGCGGUGCUGGACCGCCUCCCCCUCCUGGAGCACCAAACGCUCAACCUGCCGUUAAGAGCAAGAAGCCAAUUCAGACGAAGUACAGGAUGCCACUGUUGAACUGGCAGGCCUUAAAACCAAACCAAGUGGCCGGCACCGUCUUCAAAGACCUGGAUGACGAGAAGGUCUUAGAGGAGUUAAACAUGGAUAUGUUUGAGGAACACUUUAAGACCAGGGCCCAGGGAAAUCCAGCCGACAUCACCACUAUGAAAAAGAAGGUGGUGCAGAAGGCCCCCAGCAAGACGACCUUGAUUGAUGCCAACAAGGCGAAGAAUCUGGCCAUCUCUUUACGCAAGGGGGGGAUGAACCCGUCCGCCAUCUGCACGGCCAUAGAGAUGUAUGACCAGAAGUCUUUGUCCGUUGACCUCCUGGAAAUACUGGUGCCCUUCAUACCAUCAGAUUAUGAGAUGAAGCUGCUGGUUAACUAUGAGAAGGAUGGCCGCCCGCUGGACGAUCUGACUGACGAGGAUCAGUUCGUGUUACGCUUUGGGAAGAUUCCUCGUCUGCAGCAGAGAAUAAACACUUUCACUUUCAUGGGCAACUUCCCGGAUACGGUCAAACGCCUGCAGCCGCAACUGAACUCCAUCAUUGCGGCGUCCAUGUCCAUCAAGUCAUCAGACAAACUGAAAAAGUUCUUAGAGAUUGUUCUUGCUUUUGGCAACUACAUGAACAGCAGUAAGAAGGGUGCAGCGUACGGAUUUCGGCUGCAGAGUCUGGAUCUGCUGUUGGAGACGAAGUCAACGGAUCGCACACAGACGCUUCUUCACUUCAUCACCAGUAUCAUCCAGGAAAAAUACCCCGACUUGGCCAACUUCCACACUGAUCUGCACUUUGUAGACAAGGCAGCGAUCGUAUCACUGGACAGCAUCCUUCAGGACAUCCGCUCUUUAGAACGAGGAAUGGAAACGGCCAAAAAGGAGUUCCUGCAGGACGACAGCACGGUGCUGAAGGAAUUCAUCAAAGCCAACAGUGAGCAGCUGGAAACUUUGAUCAAAGACAGCAAGACGGCACAGGAGGCAUAUGGCUCUGUGGUGGAGUAUUUCGGCGAGAACCCCAAAACCACGCAGCCCUCCAUGUUUUUCCCGACGUUUGGACGCUUGAUAAGGGCCUAUAAGACGGCACAGCAACAGAUUGAGAAGAAAAAGAAAAUGGAGAGUGAGAGCAGUGAGGAAAAAGUGUCUUCAUCCCCAAACAAGGCCGGGGCACAAAAGGGGCCUAUGAUGCCGAAGAUGGACCUGAUAGCAGAGCUGAAGAAGAGGCAGGUGAAACCUCAGGUACGCGAGGGGAAGGACGGCGCUCUGGAGGACAUCAUCACAGAUUUGAGGACCACACCAUUCAGGAGGACAGAUGGUCGACGGCCAGCACAGCGCCAGGACACUUGAGUCACUUCUGUUCCACCACUUCUUACAAAUGUAACUGGAGAGACACUCAUGCAUACGGACAGAAGAACAUGCUUUAAAAUGUGCUGUAUAUACAGUAUAUCAAAAAUUCAUAAUUUGCCUUAUAACAGUGUGUAUUUUUGCCAACAUUUAAGUGUGAAUUUUUUCUGUAAAUAGAAUUUGAAGUUGGAACUAUUUGUUAUUUUUAAUGCUGCAGCCAAUUUGAUAACAAAUCUUGCUAAAACAAUGUAUCUUGUGGCGCCUAAUGGCUUUGGAUGCUUUGAAUUUGUACUGUCGUGUCCUUUUGAGUAAUUAAAACAAAAUCAUGACUUUAUUUCUAAAUCGACGUUAGACGUGUUUGUAUGAGAGCUUUGCUGCAACAUCCACAGUUUGUAUCUGCAAUUUCUUUUGCUAAAAAAAAACCCCAAAAAAACGUUCACUCACUGACGACAUAAACGGGUCAUUAUAAAUCAAGAUCAGACGCCGCCACUGUACAAGAGAGCUGCACUUUAUUGGACACACAAUCACAGCAAAUUAUGUACAAAAGAAGGCAGGUUUCAACUGCCUACUGUCUUCUCACGGGAAAAACACACACAUUUCUCACAGAAUAUCAUGGCAUCCACACUGAUAAAUUAGUAUCUCCAGUAUCAGUAGGCUUUUUAAAUUUAUAUAUCAUUAUAUUAUAGAUCUAUUUUCUGUAGUAUUUUUGUUCUUAUAUCACACUACUCUACAAAUGAGCACACCAUCGCUGGUGACGUCUCUGGUUGGGGGUGCGUUCAAGCUUUCUGAAUCCUUCGAGACAUCCAACUCCCUCGUCAUCACAUAACAUCACAGUAAGACUGAACAUGCCUGUGUCACAGAUACCAAAAUAAUAUCUCGUUCUUCAUUGUUUGUAAAAACCCCGAACAUAGAACCUUUUCUCUUUUCCUCUUUCUUUCUCAUUUCUUUUGAGAAAACAUGUAUACGACUUUUUUUUUUUUUUUCUCGACUGCACCGUGCGAUUGCUUGAGACUAUACAUGCAUUGUUUUUGUAUAUACCUUUGUACCCAUCAGUCAUAGUUUAUUAAUAAAACAUCUUCUUUUUG